UGUAGUAAAUAACACGAAAUGUCACAAGUGCAAACGCAAACAGAUGAAAUUUUGAAGAAAAUAUACGCGGAACAAAAAACGUUAAUUAAUUUCUUUGAUGCCAUUCUUGGAUUCCUUAAACGCAACACAAAUUUUGAUGUGAUAGACGCUGCAGAAAGGAAUCGCUUACAAAAAUAUUUAUCCAAAGAAUUGUCGCUAUGUGAUCCUGCAGCUGAAAGUUCACCACGUUUAAAAAGUAUUGCUGGCGAAAAACGGGCGCUUGCUGAAACUAAUGAGAUAUGUACCGUAGAUAAGAAUUUGAUUACAAAGUUGGAGUUAAGAUCGCCAUCUGAAAAUGCUCUGAAGACGAAUUCAAUUCCUAGGUUUGUUAAAAUGGGAAUAAUUAAUACUGAACCAUCAUGCUAUAUCCAAAAUGUUGAGACACCCAAGCCAAAAAUACAAAAUAUCGAAACCAACAUUCGGAAAUGGCGCGCAAUUUUACCAAAAGAACAGGAAAAAGCCCAAGGUGAUAUACAAGAAAGUAUUUACACUCUAAAUGAUAAAACCAAAAAUAUCAAAUCUAAGCGUGUAUAUAAAUGUACCGAAUGUACAGAUGUAUUUAACUCAUUUCGCCAACUUAAAGUUCAUGAAGCUAUUCACCCAACCAAAUCGGAAGGAAGCGCUAUUAGCAUUUGCAUUUAUUGUUGCAGCUUAUAUGCCAAUGCAGAGUCUUUAGAAAAACAUAUUAAUGAAUGCCAUGCCAAUGGACACUAUAUAUGUGUGCCUUGCACAAAAGAGUAUAAAAGUCGUGGACAAUUAUUAAAGCAUGUACAUUCUAAUGCACAUAACGCUAAGGCAUUGUUAUACUAUUGUGGCUUAUGCCCCCGGUCCGAAAAGUCGCCUAUAGAAUUCCCUUCACGUUCUGCUUUACAACAACAUUAUCAAGAAACGCAUUUACUUAUGCCCGUUAACCAAGAUGAAGAUGAUGUUGAAAUUGAAAUGAAUGAAGAAUUUCUUGAUGAAUUUCUUUUAAAUAAUGUGAAUGAAAAUUCUUUUAACUUUUCAGAAUGCUGGGACGCGUUAGAUUUAAAUUUACCUGAUAUGUUACAUAUGACAAAUUCAGAUAAAAGCCCAACCCAGGCUAAAGAUUAUGAAAAUGCUGAAUUCUUGUAUAAAUGCCCAAAAUGUUAUGAUGGCUUCAAACAGCAAAAAACUUUAUUACAACAUAUAGCACACAAGCACGAGUUACCUCUUUUAAUAUGCAGUAAAUGUGAUGCUAGUUUCAAGGAUUAUACUCAAUGGAUACAACACAAGGAAACACAUCAAGUGCAAUUGGGAUGUAGGCGUAAUUCUAAAGAUAAGGAUAAGGUGUUGCAAUGUGGUAUAUGUGAUAAGAUAUUUCGAAGCAAUCCAGCUCUAAACUACCAUAUUAAAACACAUUUACGUGGUUUCUUAGAUGCACCUCAUGAAUGUCCUUAUUGUAAAAAAUGCUUUCAUACUGAUACUAAUCUGAAACAACAUAUACGCAUAGUACAUUGUCAAAAUAAACGACACACCUGUAAGCUCUGUGAUAAGCUAUUUUCUACCUUAGACCAUUUAAAAAAGCAUGUCCUGAGUACGCAUCAAAAUGAAAGGAAACAUAUUUGUCAUGUCUGUGCGAAAUCAUUUACCCAACUGUGUCAUCUUAAACAACAUUUAAAUAUACACAAUAGAGGCAAGACACAUCAAUGUUUAAAAUGCGAUGAGAAGUUCUGGCGAAAGAUUGAUUUACAACGACAUAUUAUAAAAAAGCACAAUUGAUAUUGGAAUACAAAAUUUCUAUCAAAAUCAAGUCUAGUACUAAAUAAUAAAUCAUAGCAAUAUUUAUUUACUUUAGAAGAAACCGUAUGUUCAAACCAGAGUAUGGUAAUUAACUUAAAAAUAUCAAUUUAUCAAUUACAAUAUU